GUCCCCACAACUUAAGCAACAUAAUCAGCCUACACACUCGAGAAGCGAGGCGAGCCUGCGGGUGAGCUUUUUCCUGUUGCAUCGACUCGGUGCUCACCUCCAGACUUCUCCUGUCAAAUAUACGCACUGCCUCGUCUGCCGGUUCAAAUUCUUCCCCCCCCUUUUUGAUUCAGUUUCUUUCGCCAUUUUUUUUUUAAUUUUUCGACGCAUUUAAUUUAUUAAAUUUGAAUUUACUGCGGGAACAGCGAUCAUCUGAACACGUGCAGGAAAAGGGGCUUCCUCUCUCAAUCGCUCUAAAAAUAAGAACACUGCUCUUAAUUUUGCAGCCACUGUGCAAACUUCCCUCCUGUGCGUUCUACUGCCACCUGUGACCAAGUUUACCCAACAGAACAGAAAUUUUUUUUUUAAGAGACAAAAAGAAAGAGGAAGACAAACAGACUGACGCAGGGUUUGUGACGCCAAAGGGUGCGAGAAGACCUCAAAGUGUGCUGGCUUGUGGUGGGAACUUCCUGCCUUGGCUGUCCUUUGUGACACAGUCGCUCUGUUGUUCAGUCAUACCAUGUGGUUUGGCGAGCACGUAUUUUGUCUAAAAACAUGUGAAGCAGCUGAGUGUGUGGGAUGACGGCACAAAGAAAGCAAAAACGUUCAAUAAAACAACCAUGCCGAAUCUGGUCUAUAUUGGCCUGGAGCUGGUGAUUGCUUGCCUGUCUGUGGCUGGGAAUGUCCUGGUCUGCUGGUCCGUCUGCCUCAACUCCAACCUGCAGAGCAUCACCAACUUCUUUGUAGUGUCACUGGCAAUCGCUGAUAUUGCUGUGGGACUGCUGGCGAUUCCCUUUGCUAUCGCUAUUAGUACUGGUUUCUGUGCAAAUUUCUACGGCUGCCUGUUCAUCGCUUGCUUCGUCCUCGUGCUCACUCAGAGCUCCAUCUUUAGUCUGCUGGCUAUUGCUGUGGACCGCUACAUCGCAAUCAAAAACCCACUCAGGUACAACAGUCUGGUGACAGGGAAGAGGGCAAAGGGCAUCAUUGCACUGUGCUGGGUUCUUUCAGUGGGCAUCGGCCUGACACCGAUGUUUGGCUGGAACACAGGUUGGAACUCCAAUACCACUGCCACCAAAAGCCAAGGCUGCCCUGAAGGAAUGACUCAUUGCUUGUUUGAGGGAGUGGUUCCCCUUGACUAUAUGGUCUAUUUCAAUUUCUUUGGCUGCGUGUUGGUGCCCUUGGUGAUAAUGUUGGUCAUCUAUAUCCAUAUCUUCAUGGCAGCCCGCCGACAGCUUCGACUGAUGAGCCUCAAAGUUGCACACGUACCUGCUCCCGGACAGAAAACUCCAUCUUCUGGCUCAUCUCGUUCGAUUCUGCAGAAGGAAGUACACGCUGCAAAAUCGCUGGCUAUUAUCGUUGGUUUGUUUGCUCUGUGCUGGCUUCCUGUGCAUAUUAUCAAUUGCAUCAACCAUAUUUGCCAGGGCUGUGAGCGCCCACACAUCUGGGUGAUGAACAUUGCAAUCAUUCUCUCCCAUGCCAACUCUGUGGUGAAUCCCCUUAUCUACGCCUACCGCCUUCGAGAGUUCAGAUAUACCUUUCGCAAGAUUCUCUAUCAGCACAUCCUGGGAAAGAGGGAUGGGCAUGUGUUCGGGGUUGAAAGUGCUGAUGGCAGAGGUGUAAGGAGCACUAGUAUCAUGCAGACAUCUGCCCGUACGAGUAAAGAGGAUUUAUCAUGUGGCACAAUGGUAAAUAGUUAUGUUCUCGAGUCCAGUGCUGAGAAAACUACAUCAAAUGCCUCUCAUGAGAGUUUAGAUUCUGUACCUAACAGUAAUACACCCAACGGACACCAAAAAGCAACUGGCACCCCAUCAGAAGUACAGCAUCAGCCAGGUAUCUUGGCAUCUUCUGCACAGGAAGCAGCAGCGUCCGCCACAUAUCUGGGAGGAGCAACAGAUAUCUUGGAGUUGAAAGACAGAGGAAGCUGCAUUACUUUUGUAAAUGUACAGGCACUCCCCUUAAAACAGAAUGACUGUUCCCUUUCUUCAAAAAUCACAGAAAUAUCAUGACAAAGACAUUUAGUUAUUUCAAAUAUAUUGCUCUCAGAACACACAGAACGUUCUGCAAACGUGAAAUUUCAGCAAAUCAGCCUCGACAGCAAAUCUGUUUUUUUAUGUAAAUUUUUUUUUUUUUAGUUUGGAGUUUCUUUUUGUUUUAUGUGCACUUUAACGUUUAAAGAUAAUAUACUUUUUGUAAUGUGCAGGUUUUUGCUAUCUGUGUUGUUUGCAUGCCAUCAA